ACAGUAGGUGGCGGAAUGACGCUUUAACGUCUGUUUGCGGACCGCCAUUUUGUCGAAGUCGGAGAAGAAGUCUGACACCGUAAACAUUGCGUCAGGAGGCCCGAGAAGGGACCGCCUGGUUUCCAAGGAGGAUCAGAGAGUGACAGGGGUUUCAGCAGGAUCAGGCAGCCAGGGAAGACCAGUCUGUGACAGAGGUAGUGUCUGAGGGUGGAUGAGGUGGCAGCAGAACACAGGGUGAUGGUGUAGCACUGGGUGACAGGCUGCCAGGGUGAGGAGGACAGGUGCGGUGCUAGCUGAGUGGAGGGGCGUGGUGUGGGAUGUGGCGCUGGACGACCCACCUGGACGGAGGGCCGCGGAGGGUGAACCAUGCUGCCGUCUCCAUGGGACACAAGGUGUACUCCUUCGGAGGGUACUGCUCUGGAGACGACUAUGAGACGCUGAGACAGAUAGAUGUACAUGUCUUCAACACAGUUUCUCUGCGGUGGAUGAAGUUGCCUCCAGUGAGAACAGGUGGUAGGGAACAUGCCAGGGAUGUCCCCUACAUGCGUUACGGUCACACAGCCGUGCUGCUGGACGAUACCAUCUACAUCUGGGGGGGUCGUAACGACACGGAGGGGGCCUGCAACGUCCUCUAUGCCUUCCACGUCAACAACCACCGGUGGAACACCCCUAAGAUAUCUGGGACGGUUCCGGGAGCGAGAGACGGCCACUCAGCCUGCAUCCUGGGGAAGGCCAUGUACAUCUUUGGAGGGUAUGAGCAGCUGGCUGACUGCUUCUCUAAUGACAUUCACAAGCUGGACACUACCACCAUGGCCUGGUCACUAGUCAACGCAAGGGGUACUCCAGCUCGUUGGAGGGACUUCCACUCUGCCACAAUAAUUGGCACUAAGAUGUUUGUGUUUGGAGGCAGAGCAGAUCGCUUCGGUCCGUUCCACUCUAGUAAUGAGAUCUACUGCAACAAGAUAAAGGUGUUUGAUACAGAGACCAACAGCUGGCUGAACACUGCUACUGCUCAGCUCCCACCAGAGGGACGACGUAGCCACUCAGCCUUUUCCUACAACGGGGAGCUGUAUAUAUUUGGGGGCUAUAACGCUCGUCUGGACCGACACUUCAAUGACCUCUGGAAGUUCAACCCAGAGGCGUUCUCAUGGAAGAAGGUGGAGCCUCAGGGUAAAGGUCCGUGUCCCAGGAGGAGACAGUGCUGCUGCUUGGUGGGAGAUCGUAUCAUCCUGUUUGGAGGAACCAGCCCAUGUCCAGAGCAGGGGAUGGGAGAUGAGUUUAACCUCAUGGAUCAUUCAGACAUCUACAUACUAGACUUCAGUCCUAAUCUGAAGACGUUAUGCAAGCUAGCUGUUAUUAACUACAGUCUGGACCAGCAGGGACUACCACACGACAUCAGGUGGGAGUUGAACGCCAUGACGACCAACAGUAACAUCAGUAGACCCAUCUUCUCCUCUCACGGCUAAUCUGGACUGGUACCCUCCCCAGUACCAGAACACCAGGGCUGAACUGACCCAGAGAUACCACAGUAUCUGAACACCAGGGCUGAACUGACCCAGAGCUACCACAGUACCAGAACACCAGGGCUGAACUGACCCAGAGCUACCACAGUACCAGAACACCAGGGCUGAACUGACCCAGAGAUACCACAGUACCAGAACACCAGGGCUGAACUGACCCAGAGAUACCACAGUAUCAGAACACCAGGGCUGAACUGACCCAGAGAUACCACAGUACCUGAACACCAGGGCUGAACUGACCCAGAGCUACCACAGUAUCUGAACACCAGGGCUGAACUGACCCAGAGAUACCACAGUACCAGAACACCAGGGCUGAACUGACCCAGAUAUACCACAGUAUCUGAACACCAGGGCUGAACUGACCCAGAGAUACCACAGUAUCUGAACACCAGGGCUGAACUGACACAGAGAUACCACAGUACCUGAACACCAGGGCUGAACUGACCCAGAGCUACCACAGUACCAGAACACCAGGGCUGAACUGACCCAGAGAUACCACCGUAUCUGAACCCUACUGUCUGGACUGAUUCAACCAGAACCCUACUGUCUGGACUGAUUCCACCAGAACCCUACUGUCUGGACUGACUCCACCAGAACCCUACUGUCUGGACUGAUUCCAC